GGGGUUUUCCUUGUUGCCUCUUUCUCGCCUUCUUCCAUCCCCUUAUUUUAAUCAGAAAAUUGGGUUACGGUGCAGUACGGUACUCGAGUACAGCGCUGUACUCGUACAAUACCGUCCCGGAAUAGAGCAUACCGGUAGUAUAUUACGCGACCUCCCGCCAACCUGAAGAAAGAGAAAUGUCGAAUACAGACUGGUUCGAAGAUACAAUCCCACUCCAAGCCCCAGGCCAGCACCUCACGAUGCACGACCGGGACGGCAAAUCAUCCCCUGCUUUCCCCCUACACACCAAGAAGCGAAGAGUGGACUACUGGGCGUGGGAAUGGCUCGCGAUCCUGAUCUCAUUCCUGGCCAUUGUUGCGAGCACAAUCGUGCUGUUGCUCUUCAAUGACAAAGCGAUUCCGGCAUGGAGUUGGUCGUCCUCGGGAAUUAGUGUCAAUGCUAUAUUGUCAUUGCUAUCGACGUUGUCGAGGGCUUCGUUGCUGGUGCCUAUCGAUGAGUGCAUGGGGCAGCUGAUGUGGCUCUGGUUUUCGAAGAGGGAGAGGAGGUUGGCGGAUGUGGAAGUUUAUAAUCAGGCUUCAAGGGGCCCCUUGGGGGCUCUGAAGUUGUGCUGGAGGCAGAAGGGGUGGUAUGUUAUCACAAAUGAAACCCGAUAAUCAUGUUUUACUGACUUGGGGAUGACCGACCAGGGGUCUCGGAUGUUUAGGGGCCAUCCUGAUGGUCUGCUCAAUGGGACUCGGCGUUGCCCAGCAGCAGCUCCUUUCGUACCCCAGCCGAUCCAUAGUCCAGCCCGGUUCAACCUCGACAGUGACCCGUGCGGAGCGCUUCGACACGUACCAAAACGUGACUAGUUCCGGCACGACCACUCCGGAGGUCUCCUUCUCCCUUCUAUCAUCAAUUUACAAUGCCGCACUCUCCAACUCCUCCACGGGGGAAUCCUCAACCGUAAAUCAACCAUUCUUCACCUGCACCAGUGGGACCUGCGAUUUCCCACCGUUCGCAACGCUAGCGGUGUGCAGCGAGUGCUUCGAUGUCAGUGACAAAGUGCAGUCCAGCUGCGACGCUAACAACCUCUGCUCAGCCGAGUUCGGCGGGAUGAGGGCGCAGAGCUGGCAGCAGCCGGAUAACAAUAACAUCAACACCAUCCUGAACCAGACCUACCUUGCUCUCUCGAGUUCGACCAUGCUGAAUGGGGGGGUUGCGGGUAGGAGUAAUCCAUUUUCGACGCUAGCGCAUUUGCAAGCUCGGAGUGAGACCGGGAAUUGGCCACCGACGUAUCAUGGUACGGAGUGUGCGCUCUUCUGGUGCGUCAAGACUGUGAGGGCGAAAGUUCAGAAGGGGGUUUACACUGAGGAGAUUGUUUCUACGAAUACUGAGAUUACGAACGGGACUGAUGGGGAACGGCGCUUUUCGUUGACUAAUGGAACUCAGGUGACGGCCUUCGUGAUUACUCCCCUAGCACAGGAGUCCAUUCAGGGUCCCAGGGGCGUCACGUAUCUCUUGUCGGGAUGGGCCAAGGGAUCCGGAUAUAGCCGUGUUUUCUCAUCGGACCUAAUGCAGGGCUUCAGCACUCAUGCGAACGUGACGGAGGUGAUGUCCCGCGUGGCUACCGCCAUGACCAAUCGCAUUAGAGACUUCGACGGUGCGACCGUACCGGUGAACGGAACGACCAUGAUCAGGGAGGCUUUCAUCCGCGUGAGGUGGCCUUGGCUCGCUUUUCCGGUUGCGCUCUGGGUCUCCUCCUUGAUAUUCCUGUUGACUAUCGUGGUUAAGAGCCGGGAAGGGGAGGCGAAGUGGGGGAUGCGUGCUUGGGGUGCUAAUUCACUGGCACUGAUGUUUCAUGGGUUGGAUGAGGAUUCCAGGGGUCGGGUUCGCGAGGGCGAGUGGGAGGAGAUGGAGGAUCUUAGUGAGAGGCUGUGGGUGAAAUUAGAGAGGGGUGAGGAGGGGUUGAAGUUGCGGGCUCGGAGGGUUGAUGGGUAGUUUUAUAGGGGAGGUAAAGCUAAUUUCUAGCAUACAAUUGUGUUUUAUGUUUAUUUGUGUUGCGGCGUUUAUGUUUUCAGAUCAUGUCGUACUCUGGAUAUUUUUCUUGGUUCCGGGGUUGGAUAUUUAGAUGAUGGAAAUUUAUUAAUCUACUGG